UGAUGCAUGUUUCGAAGUACAAAACAAAGGCAUUGCAUUGUUAACAUGAUUUGUCAACCUUUCUAAAUUUAACCAGUAAUCUCUUCGCCCAAAAAAAUGCUUUCACAUCGCAAAUAUAACAUUCCUUCUUCAUUUUGAUCUCUUUUUUCUUCUUCUUUCCCUGCAAACGUAACCAUGUUGAUGUCCCCAAAAUACAUAGAACGAAGGUAUAUGAAAAAUGAAUAGAUAAAUUUUUGUAUAUCAACAAAGAAGAUGAAGGGGUUAUUCAAAUCAAAACCAAGGACGCCGGUGGAGGUGGUCCAUCAAACACGAGAACUUCUCAUCUAUGCCGAUAAGAAUAUGGAAACUCGUGAACGCAAACGCGAGGAAAAGAUGUCAGAGCUGAGUAAAUUAAUCUUAGAGAUGAGGACAGUUCUAUUUGGAAAUGGUCAAAAUGAGCCAAAUUCUGAUGCUUGUGCACAACUAACACAGGAGUUCUUCAAAGAGAACACAUUUCACCUUCUCAUUAUUUGUCUCCCAAAACUUGAUUUAGGGACGCGUCAAAACGCCACUCAUGUGAUAGCAAAUUUGCAAAGACAACGUGUUAAUGGCCGAAUGACUGCUUCUGAGUUCAUGGAAAAUAAUUUGGAUUUCAUGGAUAUUUUGUUGCCUGGUUAUCUAGACGGUGACAUUGCUCUAACCUAUGGUGCAAUUUCAAGGGAGUGCAUACGCCAUCAAUCUGUGGCUAGAUAUGUCUUGGAAUCAGAGCACAUGAAGAAAUUUUUUAAUUAUAUACAGAUUCCUAAUUUUGACAUAGCAUCUGAUGCUCAAGCAACUUUUAAAGAGCUUUUAACUAGGCACAAAUCUACUGUAGCUGAAUUUCUUUCUAAAAACUAUGACUGGUUUUUUCAAGAAUACAAUUCUCAGUUGUUGGAAUCUACCAAUUAUAUAACCAGAAGACAUGCUGUCAAGUUGCUGGGAGAUAUGUUGCUUGAACGCUCAAAUUCUGCUGUGAUGAUACGCUAUGUGAGCUCACUGGAUAACAUGAGAAUCUUGAUGAACCUUUUCAGGGACUCAAAGAAGACCAUACAACUGGAAACCUUUCAUGUUUUCAAGUUAUUUAUUGCAAAUCAAAGUAAGCCUCCUGAAAUCAUUAGUGUACUUGUUACAAAUAAAAGCAAGCUUCUUCGAUUUUUUGGUGACUUCAACAUUGAUAAAGAUGAUGAACAAUUUGAAGCAGACAAAGCUGAAGUCAUAAGAGAAAUUGCCACUCUUGAAAUUAGAGAUCAUUCUUGCGCAGACUCAGAGGAUUCUGAGAUUGAACCUUAAUUGCUUUGAUGUUUUGUUUACUAUACUCCUACACCAGUACAUAUUUAUAACAUUUAGCAUUUAGUUUCUGUUUACCGAUGUUGUUGUAUCCACAUGAAACUGUAAACUUAUCUAAGUUUUACCAAAAUGAUGGUUUUGUAUAGAUAGAAAA